AUGUCCUCCCACGAGCCUGUCAACAUGAAGCUGCCCCCGAUCCAGUCCACGGCGGGGGCCGUGCCGGUCCGGAACGAGAAAGGCGAGAUCUCCAUGGAGAAGGUGAAGGUGAAGAGGUACGUCUCGGGAAAACGGCCAGACUAUGCACCCAUGGAGUCCUCGGAUGAGGAUGAGGAGGACUUCCAGUUUGUGAGGGGAAAGGAGGUGGAGCCAGAGGUGGAGGUGGAGCAAGAGGACGUUUCAGACCCACGUCUGAAGCGUCUGAUGAACCGGACCUCUGAGGACGUAGAAGAGAGACUGGCCCGGCACCGGCAGAUAGUGGAGCCUGAAGUGGUGGCGCAGAGCAGCGAGGACUCCGACGAAGGCACAUGGCAUCCUCGGCAUGAGGAGAGCAGUGAGGAUGAAGAGGAGGAGGAGGAGGAAGUGGAUGAUGAGGAAAUAGAGAGGAGACGAGCGAUGAUGCGCCAGCGAGCGCUGGAGAGGAAGACGGAGGAGAUGGAGGUCAUGGAGGUGGAGGAGGAGGGGAAGUCUGGGGCGGAGUCCGAGUCGGAGUCAGAGUAUGAAGAAUACACCGACAGUGAAGACGAAGCAGAGCCGCGGCUCAAACCCGUCUUUAUCCGCAAGAAGGACAGAGUCACAGUGGCUGAGCGGGAAGCCGAGGAGCAGAGGCAGAAGGAGCUGGAGGUGGAAGCCAAGAGGCAGGCGGAGGAGCGCCGUCGCUACACCCUCAAGAUCGUGGAAGAGGAGGCGAAGAAGGAGUUUGAAGAAAACCGCCGCACCCUGGCUGCUCUGGACGCUCUGGACACAGAUGGAGAGAACGAAGAGGAAGAGUAUGAAGCUUGGAAGGUCCGAGAGCUGAAGCGCAUCAAGAGAGACCGAGAGGCUCGAGAGAACAUGGAAAAGGAGAAGGCUGAAAUCGAGAGAUUCCACAGCCUGACGGAGGAGGAGCGCCGGGCGGAGCUGCGGAACAGCGGCAAGGUGGUAACCAACAAGGCCUCUAAAGGAAAGUACAAGUUCCUGCAGAAGUACUACCACAGAGGAGCCUUCUUCAUGGAUGAGGAGGAGGACGUCUACAAAAGAGACUUCAGCGCCCCCACCCUGGAGGAUCACUUCAACAAAACCAUCCUGCCCAAAGUCAUGCAGGUGAAAAACUUUGGUCGGUCCGGACGUACUAAGUACACCCACCUGGUGGACCAGGACACCACGUCCUUCGACUCGGCCUGGGCCCAGGAGAGCACCCAGAACAGCAAGUUCUUCAAACAGAAGGCGGCGGGGGUGAGGGACGUGUUUGACCGGCCCACCACCAAGAAGAGGAAGACUUAGCUGCACAUGCACGCUUUAAGAGGGACUGUACCAUUGUUCCUGGGGGGGUGUGCCCCCGAAGCUUUUGUAAAUUAACUUUGUGUCUGAAUAAAGGACUCGCUAACACUUUUAUAAA